GUCGGGAAAUAGCCGCCCGUGUAUUUCACCCUAUCCUAACCACGUGAAAUGAAGAUUGAAAGUCUUUUUUAUUAUAAUUCAUAAUUAUUUAUAAAGAGAAUGGGUAAAAGUAUAACAAAAAAUGCUUCUAAUACGAAAAAUAGUGGUAGUAACGUUCUCAAGAGAAAAAAACAAGGAGGGGUUAAAAAACACAAAUAUAAAUCUACUAUCGGUGAAAGUAAAAGUUUAAUUUCCAAUGACAAAUUCAAGAAAAAUACACAAAAGCUUCAAAAUAAAUUUAAACAAGUACAUAAGAAUGGAAAAAAUCAUACAUCUAGCGGUUUAGUUGAUUCUGAUAUUAUAAAUGUUGUAAAAUUAGAAAAUAGGACUCAGAUUAAAAAACCAAAGUUUCAUAAUAAAAGUAAGACUAUACAACAAUCUAAUCAAACUAAAAAAUAUAAACCAAAGAAACAUGUUGAUCAAAUUCUUGAUCAGUCUAACAGAAAGGAUGACAAUAAUAGGCAAUCCAAUAAAAAGAGAACCAAACAACAAACGUUUAAUGUUAACAAAGAUCAAAAUUUUAAACGUACAAAAUAUAAAAAGAAAAAGCAGUUGAAAGCAGAAUGUGGAACAGUAAAAGUGAAUAGAGUCUUACAGAAAAAAGUAAAACACAAGGAACAGGAGCAACCCCAUGACAUUCCUCAAGAAAAGAGCACUAAUGCUAGAAUGGUUAAAAACCAUAAUAAUUUAAAUAUAAAACGGUUAGAAGAAAUGCUUGCUGUAAAACAGAGAGAAGUAAAAAUAGAAAAAAAAAAUGAAAAACCAUUAUCAUUAAGAGAAAGAAUGAUGACUAAAUUAAAGGCAUCUAGAUUUAGGUAUUUAAAUGAAACCCUUUACAAUGGUGAAAGUUCUGAAUCUAAAAAAUACUUUAAAGAUGAUCCAGAUGCAUUUAGGGCAUAUCAUGAAGGUUACAAACAACAAGUUGAACAAUGGCCCUUGAAUCCUCUUGACAUUAUAAUAUCAUCCAUUAAAAAAAUGCCAAAAGAAUAUGUUAUUGCUGACUUUGGAUGUGGAGAAGCCACACUUGCUGCUUCUAUUCCACAUAAAGUGCACUCCUUUGACUUUGUUUCUUUGAAUGAAAAUGUAACUGCUUGCGAUGUUGCACAUACUCCUUUAUUAACAAGUGGAGUACAUGUUGUUGUGUUUUGUUUAUCUCUUAUGGGAACUAAUCUUAAAGAUUACAUUGUAGAAGCAAAUAGGGUUCUUAAGAAAGAUGGUAUUUUAAAAAUAGCUGAAGUUGAAAGUCGAUUUGAACAUGUAGAAGACUUUAUAAAAGUAUUAAGUAAUUAUGGUUUCAAAAAUACCUGGAAAGAUUUGUCCCAUAAUCUAUUCUACUUUUUAGAUUUCAAAAAGGAGAAAGAUAUAGGUGGCAAAAAAAGUAAGUUUCCUCCUCUUACCUUAAAACCAUGUCUAUAUAAAAAAAGAUAAAAAUGUAUUUAAGUAUUAUUUUAUUAAAAUUAUUAUUUUGUUAUCUACAUUUUAUUUAAAGAAAUAACUAUAUUCAUAAAUGAAUAUAAAAUACUGUUCCAUAAUGUUUUGAUAUUCACAUUUUCUUAAAAUGACAUCAAAUACAAUUUGGAUGGUUAAUGUAUGUGCCUGCUUAAACAAUGUGCUAUUCUUGAAACACAUUGGUCUGUUUGGCACAAGUUACAAUAAAUACAUAAUGAUAGAAAAUAAA